CAACAACAGCAACAAUACCCCCCAACAAACCCCGAACACGACACCCCCGAAUCCGAAUAUGCAUCAGACAAAUACACCCCCUACAAACCCAAACGCACCUGGCCCCGGACAUGCGCCGCCUCUCCCCCAAGCACCAAUUCCGCCUCGAGCGCAAAUACCGCCGUCGCGCGGCGCUGAAGUUCGCUCGGCCGCAGUGGAUGAAGAUUACGAAGCUGGUGCAGUGGGGGGUUAUUAGCUUUGUCUUGUUAUAUGCGGUGCUCUUCAUGGAGUGGGAUGAGCGGGGGAGUCCGUUUGAUGAUCUACGCAAUGCUGUCUUCGGCGCUGUAAAGGGCGCGUUCUCGACUCCGGCGCCUCCACGACCGGUGCAGAAGGGUGAUCAGUCUAGGGAGUAGAGGGUUGGAUUUCGAUACUGUCCUGACUGAUAAGGACUGGAUAGAUACAUUGUAUC